CACAACAUCAACAAAGCGCUACGCGGACGAGCAUAAAUAUCGAACUACCACACUCCUUCGAAUCAGCCUCGGGUUUCAAUAGACGACGAUGGCUGCGUCUGCCGUAUCUCCGGCGAGCUCACCUCGCCUUCCAAGUCCCCCUCCCAUCGCAGAAGAUCAGCUUGGACCCAAGUCGCCCAUCGCAGCAACACACGACCAACAAAAAUCAUUCGCAAACUUGGAUCAUGCAGCUGGUAGACGGAUACGGCCUGGUACAAAGGCGGACGAUAUGACCGAAGGGCCCCCAUUAGUGGAACUCUCAGAAAUAGAUUCGGCCUUCCAAUUGACAGAGCACCUCAAAGCCCUACAUAAUUUCCUCACACACCCCAUUGGCGCAAAUGCUACGAUAGCAGUGGAUCGAGAAAUGGCACACAAGCUGGCACAACCGCCAGAAAAUGUGGACAAGACACUCUGGCUGUACGAGCUCUGCCGAUUCCUCACGCAGAAGGUGAAUUCCAUCAUAAUCGCUCUCUUCUCCGACAAUCCACCAUGCUCGGCUCAGACCUGCCCCGAGAUGCGCGCAUCGGAAUGGCAAUAUCUAUGUGCCGUGCACGAUCCGCCGAAAUCGUGCUGCGCAAUCGACUACUGUUGCCAUACGUUGGACUGGGCAGCCAACACUCUUACUUCGCCCAAGACGUUUCCUUCGCGACUGGCACUCGGAAACGACCAGACGACGCAGCACCAACAAAUACGACAAUUAACGAACAUAUUCAGGCGCGUGUACAGGAUCUUCGCCCACGCAUGGUUCCAGCACCGGGACGUAUUCUGGAAGGUAGAAGGACGGACUGGGCUAUACAUUUUGUUCAAGACGGUCUGCGAUGUCUAUGGACUGAUCCCGGAGGACAACUACACAAUUCCCCCGGAGGCAGAAGGGGACUCUGUUGAACCGACAUCCAACGCACCAACGCCCUUGAUAUUGAAGCGGGAGCCGUCAGGCCCAGGUCCGGAAGACAUGGGGAAUUCCUCUGUAAUCGAAGUCGGAGACCAUACACUAUCGACGGCCGGUACUACAAAACGGCACCGCCACUCACCAUCUGUUGGGGCUACAGCCGUUUCGACUGUCGUAGAAGAGAAUGAAGAGGAGGACGAUUCACUGGACAAGAAGAGCGCAGCCGACGCGGCACAGAGCAUAAAAAAGCAAAGCGCAAAUGAGCCGAAGGAAGACGCCCCAGCGCCUAGCGAGCUGAAGGAAGAAGACGAUUCCUCGGCCGAGGAGCAAUCUCCCGAGCUCGAGAAGAAAGAAACUGGGAAUGAAGAGCAAGCGGAAGCGGAGACAGACUCAUCGGAAGAGGAAGGAGAGACACCAGCAGCCGCCCCCGCCCCUGCAACGGAGACAUCGGAGAAGGACGAAGCAACAUCGACCUCAGAUAAGACUAGUGAGGCGCAAGAAGAGUCUGCUACCAAACCGAAAUCUGAAGAGUAG